UGGCAGCCGCGGCAGCGACGCCGAAGACGCAGCAGCCCGGAGCGAGUCGCCUCAGCGGCCGAAGGAAGGAUCCCUGCAUAUUUUGUGAGAAGAUUAUUCACAAAGGAUGGAGAGCCUGCUGUGAGAAGAAUCAUUCAUCUGUGCUUUGUGCUUGCCUUUGGAAGGACAUAGCUGUACUAGUUCUCCCAAGAUUGCCUCUGAAACUUUGGUAUCUUGUGCGUCUUCCAGUCUGGCUGUGUGUUUAGUAUGCGGAUUGCACCUCUUCACUAAUGAGAGGGAGAAUGGGAACCCAGGGCAGCCCUGUGAAGAGCUAUGAUUAUCUGCUCAAAUUCUUGUUGGUGGGAGACAGUGAUGUGGGCAAGGGAGAAAUCCUGGAGAGCCUUCAGGAUGGAGCAUCGGAAUCUCCUUAUGCCUACAGCAACGGAAUUGACUAUAAGACCACAACAAUCCUGUUAGAUGGCAGAAGGGUGAAAUUGGAGCUCUGGGAUACAUCUGGCCAGGGAAGGUUCUGUACCAUUUUCCGAUCCUAUUCCAGAGGAGCUCAGGGAAUCCUCUUGGUGUAUGACAUCACCAAUCGCUGGUCUUUUGACGGAAUAGACCGGUGGAUCAAGGAAAUAGAUGAGCAUGCCCCUGGUGUGCCUCGCAUCUUGGUUGGCAACCGGCUUCAUCUGGCCUUCAAGCGGCAGGUGCCGACGGAGCAGGCCCGAUCCUAUGCGGAGAAAAAUUGCAUGACCUUUUUUGAGGUCAGCCCGUUGUGCAACUUUAAUGUGAUUGAGUCUUUCACGGAGCUGUCUCGUAUUGUGCUGAUGAGGCAUGGCAUGGAGAAGAUCUGGAGGCCCAACAGAGUGUUCAGCCUGCAAGACCUCUGCUGCCGGGCCAUCGUUUCCUGCACGCCCGUCCACCUCAUAGACAAGCUGCCCCUUCCUGUCACCAUCAAGAGCCACUUGAAGUCUUUCUCCAUGGCCAACGGCAUGAACGCGGUGAUGAUGCAUGGCCGCUCGUACUCCUUGGCCAGUAGCGGCGGCGGCGGCGGCAGCAAAGGCAACAGCCUGAAGCGCUCCAAGUCGAUCCGCCCGCCGCAGAGCCCGCCGCAGAACUGCUCGCGGAACAACUGCAAGAUCUCUUAGCGAGUCGGCGCUGGGGUGUCGUCCUCUCCAGCCUCACGCGCCUGCACCUGCUCACCAAUGUACAGAUGUUUACACGCACGUAACCCGUUCCUCUUGUCACUCUGAUGGCGCGGCCUACAGGAUUGGCAAAGGGCUUAUGGACCAGCAUUGAGCUGGCAGGAUCCCACGUGGUGAGGGCAAGGUGAUGCCAAGCCAACCUUCCCAGAAGGCAGUCUGUCUUUCUCCUUGCUCUAUUCUGGAGGGAUGGGUUCACAACUGCCUCAAGAGAAGGACUCUUCCUUGUACUUGUGGCGGGUAGGUGGGACUCUGUGCUGCGACUUUAACCCUUGGGCUCCCAAGUGGAUUGCUGGUGCUACAGUGAACAUUGACUCUUGAGACAAAAGAAGAAGAACAGGGGCCAGGAUUUAGUCAAUCCCGCUGUGGUAGACUUCUGCCUCUACCCAACAAAAACUAUGGUUGGCUGGGGAGCCUUUGGAAGCAGGCCGCUUGACAUUUUCACUUAUUUAUAAAGGAAUUAUCUCACUACUUUUUAAAGUUCUCCCCCCACCCCAUUCCUCUUUCUCUCACUCUGUGUUUGUUUGUUUUUUAAGGGAAGGCCAUCGAUGGAAAAACGUUAUGCCGCCUUGUAAAUAGAAGCACCGAGCCUUGAAUCCUGAGGCUAAUUGAAGUAGGAGGGCGGUUGGUGGGGUCAAGGGGCAAAAUGAUCAAACACUCUGAGAAUCGUAUGAGAGGCACAGGGUUGCUCUUGAGAUAUUUUUUUAAAAAUUCUGUUCCUGAAAGGAGGGAAGAAUUCUUUCCUUUUCAUUAUUUUUUCUUUCUUUCGAACCUAAGUUUUCCAGACGUUCCUAGUAACAAGUGCAUGGCUCAAAUGGGCAACAAGGGCAGCAUUUUGAUUGGCAUUGCUGUCCUGUGUGGCCGGGGGCUCUGAUCACAUCUGGAAUUGGUUAAUGACUGAUCAAGGGGUUGCACUGGAGCCAUUCCUGCCUCCAGGAGUCCUAAGGCAAAAGGUUUGGCUAUACCAAACCUCAGAAGGUCACAGCUGGGAAGGAAGGAGACAACACCAUCAGAAAAUGCUGCUCUUUUAUGGCCUGACGUAAUUACUGGGUGGUGGGAAGCUUGGGGAGAUCUGGGGCUCUUGAACUAAACUUCUUCUGCAGCAUGUUUUCUGGCUGAACAGAAGUACUUGCAUGCUAUGUUGCUUGGCAUUCAGCAGCUUGCUUUGUGGUUUUCCUGGUAGUAUGGUAUCGCUAAACAGUGCCAUUUAUUCAGCUUCUCUGAGCUGCAGAGCAGUUCAGGGACCCCAAGUGGAAAUCCAGGGCACACUGACUUUUUUUGGAUUCCUUAUAUAUCCCUCUUCACUUUUCAAAAAUGAACAUAAGUCAACCAGCACUGUGCGUUAUUACGGAGUGAGGAAGGAGCCUUGUAGGAGUAAGAUUCUGGUGUGUGGGGCUGGGAAAUUGAUUAGAUCAGGCCACCAAAACCUAGAACUGAGAUGGCCUUUAAUACUGUUGUAAACCAGGACUUUGCCGGAUGUCGAAUUGAGCUUCUUCCUUCAGUGCCCUUGUCAGUCCAUUUGGAUAGUUGAUUUCCUCAGGCCUAGUUGCAGCUUCUGUGCUUUUCUCUCUCUUUGUGUGCAGUCUGCGCUUUCUUUGCCUGAAUUCUGAAAGCUCUUGGAGUUGCCUGUGCAUAUGCAUUGGACAGACGAUUCAGCUUCAACUGGGAUUACAAGUAGCAUGCUGGCAGUUGUGUCCGCAAGCCUUGGUGGUCAAUAAUGCUUUCCAGUCCAUGUUAACCUAUGUUAGAGAAGUAGCUUGACAGCAAAUAAAGCAAAAGUGGAUGGAGGGCCAGACUUCAGUCACCUACCAGCUUUAAUGAUGCAUCCUGCAAAUGGCAUUGUGGAGUCUCUGAAUUAUUCACCCACCCUGCCACCCAAUUGCCCCCCCCCCCGACCAGGUGAAUGCCUCCUUCCUGGUGGCUUCCCACAAGAGCAGCCGCUUCCCCGGCUAGGAUUGGCCACCCACCGCGUUGCAACUUGGAAUGGGGCGUAUGACGCUGGAAAUGCUUGCCGCACAGCUGACUGCCCAUUUUGUUCAGGAACUUUUGACAGGAGCCUGGCUGGCACAGCCGCCACUUAUUGACUGUUCGGAGAUUGCUUGGCACGAAGGGUGAGCCCAGCCCUGCUGCUGGCACCAGCUCAAACAGGGUAGCGGGGACAGGUCAAGGGCAGGGGAAAGCCUUUAGCGGCAUCUCAUCGGGCUGUGAACAAAGCCGGAGCCAAAUCCAGGGCAGGAGCAUGGAAGCUUGGAGAUUUACCGGGCAUGUCCGCACAGCCAUGGCCACCUGUUGCCACUUGCUCAAAAUGGAGUGGGAGACAAUCACUGACUCAACAGCCUGGCAUUCUGGGGAUGUGGGGUGAACAGGUGAUCUAGGAGGCAGCCUGGACAGCCAUCUUUCCACCCUUGGUUUUAAAAUAGCCACUUCCCAAAACAGCUAUAGAAUGUGCAUUGUUUUUUUUUCCGGAGGAAUUACAGGGACACCCCCCGCCCCCCACUUGACAGGCUGUAAAUCCUCCCUAUUGUUUCUCCAGCAUCUGAUAAAGUGUGUACAUAGUUUGCAAGAGGUGGCCAUGGAGACUUUGGUAUUGGAGAGCAGAAGAUGCAGCAUAUUGAGGAACACUUUUCAGUUACCUGCACUUGUUUGCUCCUCCCCCCUCCCCCCCUCGUUGUACAUGUACAGCCCUCACCUAAAUGCCUGUCUUAAUUUUCUUCUUUGGUUUUUAAUCAUGGAAAUUCUUUGCAACGAGAUUCUCUGGAAUGUCUGCCAAUCAAAGCUGAACUCGUACCUUCUUUUAUUAAUGUUCAACUCAAAAGAAUGUGAUCUGAUAUCAAACACUAGAAACUAGCUGCUGUCGAACACUUGUACCAUUCCUCUGUUUUUAAUUCCUUUGUACAGUAAACGUUGUUAAACCGAUGGUUUUUAUAUAAAUUAAAAACAAAAUCUUGUUUUAAAGCCACCCUGUGGGCUUUGGAAGUUGUCUGUGACAAGCAAGUGAGCUCUUUAAGGAGGCGUUG